GCCGCACCCCAGCCCCGAGCAUGGGGACGGCGCUUCUCCAGCGCGGGGGCUGCUUUCUCCUGUGCCUCUCGCUGCUGCUCCUGGGCUGCUGGGCAGAGCUGGGCAGCGGGCUGGAGUUCCCGGGCGCUGAGGGCCAGUGGACGCGCUUCCCGAAGUGGAACGCCUGCUGCGAGAGCGAGAUGAGCUUCCAGCUCAAGACGCGCAGCGCCCGCGGCCUAGUGCUCUACUUCGACGACGAGGGCUUCUGCGACUUCCUGGAGCUCAUUCUGACACGCGGCGGCCGCCUGCAGCUCAGCUUCUCCAUCUUCUGCGCGGAGCCGGCCACGCUGCUGGCUGACACGCCCGUCAACGACGGCGCAUGGCACAACGUGCGCAUCCGCCGGCAGUUCCGCAACACGACGCUCUUCAUCGACCAGGUGGAGGCCAAGUGGGUGGAGGUCAAGUCGAAGCGCAGGGACAUGACCGUGUUCAGCGGGCUCUUCGUGGGGGGGCUGCCCCCGGAACUGCGCGCCGCGGCGCUCAAGCUGACGCUGGCCUCCGUGAGGGAGCGCGAGCCCUUUAAAGGGUGGAUUCGCGACGUGAGGGUCAACUCCUCCCAGGCGCUGCCGGUGGACAGCGGCGAGGUGAAGCUGGACGAUGAGCCGCCCAACAGCGGCGGGGGGAGCCCGUGUGAGGCUGGUGAGGAGGGCGAGGGCGGGGUGUGCCUUAACGGAGGCGUGUGCUCCGUGGUGGACGACCAGGCGGUGUGCGACUGCUCGCGAACCGGCUUCCGCGGCAAGGACUGCAGCCAAGAAGACAACAAUGUGGAAGGUCUGGCGCACCUGAUGAUGGGCGACCAAGGUAAAAGUAAAGGAAAAGAAGAAUAUAUUGCCACUUUCAAGGGAUCUGAAUACUUCUGCUACGACUUGUCUCAAAACCCCAUUCAAAGCAGCAGCGAUGAAAUAACGCUGUCCUUUAAAACUCUUCAGAGGAAUGGACUGAUGCUUCACACUGGGAAAUCGGCUGAUUAUGUCAAUCUUGCCCUGAAAAAUGGAGCUGUUUCUCUGGUCAUUAAUUUGGGAUCAGGGGCCUUUGAAGCACUAGUGGAGCCCGUGAAUGGAAAGUUUAAUGAUAAUGCCUGGCAUGAUGUGAAAGUCACCAGGAAUCUGCGUCAGCACUCAGGCAUUGGACACGCUAUGGUGACAAUAUCAGUGGAUGGGAUUCUUACCACAACGGGCUACACACAAGAAGAUUAUACCAUGCUGGGGUCUGAUGACUUUUUCUAUGUUGGAGGCAGUCCCAGCACAGCAGACCUUCCAGGGUCACCAGUCAGUAACAACUUUAUGGGCUGUCUCAAAGAGGUUGUAUAUAAAAAUAACGAUGUAAGGCUGGAAUUAUCUCGACUUGCCAAGCAAGGAGACCCUAAGAUGAAGAUCCAUGGAGUGGUGGCAUUUAAAUGUGAGAAUGUUGCAACUUUGGACCCAAUCACCUUUGAAACCCCAGAGUCUUUCAUCUCUUUGCCUAAAUGGAAUGCAAAGAAAACGGGCUCCAUAUCAUUUGAUUUCCGCACAACAGAGCCAAAUGGCCUCAUUUUAUUUAGCCAUGGCAAACCAAGACACCAAAAAGACGCCAAGCACCCUCAGAUGAUAAAGGUUGACUUCUUUGCUAUUGAGAUGCUAGAUGGCCAUCUCUACCUCCUCCUGGACAUGGGGUCAGGUACGAUAAAAAUCAAAGCCCUACAGAAGAAGGUGAAUGAUGGAGAAUGGUAUCAUGUGGACUUCCAAAGAGAUGGACGGUCAGGUACCAUUUCUGUCAACACACUGCGCACGCCCUACACGGCCCCUGGCGAGAGUGAGAUUCUGGACCUGGAUGAUGAGCUGUACCUGGGGGGCUUGCCGGAGAACAAGGCUGGCCUCGUCUUCCCCACCGAGGUGUGGACUGCUCUGCUCAACUACGGCUACGUGGGCUGCAUUAGAGAUUUGUUCAUUGACGGCCAGAGCAAAGAUAUCCGGCAAAUGGCUGAAAUUCAAAGUACUGCUGGAGUGAAGCCCUCCUGUUCAAGGGAAACAGCAAAACCGUGCCUUAGCAACCCUUGUAAAAACAACGGCAUGUGCAGGGAUGGGUGGAACAGAUAUGUCUGUGAUUGUUCCGGAACAGGCUACCUUGGCAGGUCCUGCGAGAGAGAGGCAACGGUUCUGAGCUACGAUGGGAGUAUGUUUAUGAAAAUCCAGCUCCCAGUGGUGAUGCACACAGAGGCCGAGGACGUGUCCUUACGGUUCCGAUCCCAGCGCGCCUAUGGCAUUCUCAUGGCAACCACCUCCAGAGACUCGGCAGACACCCUCCGCCUGGAGCUGGAUGCAGGGCGUGUGAAACUGACGGUCAACCUAGAUUGUAUCAGGAUUAACUGUAAUUCCAGCAAAGGUCCCGAGACCCUUUUUGCCGGCUAUAACCUCAAUGAUAACGAAUGGCACACGGUGCGUGUGGUCCGUCGGGGAAAAAGUUUAAAGUUAACCGUGGAUGACCAACAGGCCAUGACAGGUCAAAUGGCAGGUGAUCACACAAGGCUGGAAUUUCAUAACAUAGAGACUGGCAUCAUCACAGAACGCCGGUAUCUGUCUUCUGUCCCCUCCAACUUCAUUGGACACCUCCAGAGCCUGACAUUUAAUGGAAUGGCGUACAUUGACUUGUGUAAAAAUGGUGACAUAGAUUACUGCGAGCUCAAUGCCAGAUUCGGCUUCAGGAACAUCAUAGCAGACCCUGUCACCUUCAAGACCAAAUCAAGCUAUGUUGCCUUAGCUACAUUGCAAGCCUACACUUCUAUGCAUCUUUUUUUCCAGUUCAAGACAACAUCCCUAGAUGGACUAAUUCUAUAUAAUAGUGGGGAUGGAAAUGACUUUAUUGUGGUUGAAUUAGUUAAAGGGUACUUACAUUAUGUGUUUGAUUUGGGAAAUGGUGCUAACCUCAUCAAAGGGAGCUCAAAUAAACCUCUCAAUGACAAUCAGUGGCACAAUGUGAUGAUAUCAAGGGACACCAGCAAUCUCCACACUGUCAAGAUUGACACGAAAAUCACAACACAAAUCACCGCGGGAGCCAGGAACUUGGACCUCAAAAGUGACUUGUAUAUAGGAGGAGUGGCUAAAGAAACAUACAAAUCUUUGCCGAAACUCGUCCAUGCCAAGGAGGGCUUUCAAGGCUGCCUGGCAUCAGUUGAUUUAAAUGGACGACUUCCAGACCUCAUCUCAGAUGCUCUUUUCUGCAAUGGACAGAUUGAGAGAGGAUGUGAAGUUGCAUUGAUGAAAGCUGACUUGCAAGGACCCAGCACAACAUGCCAAGAGGACUCCUGUUCUAAUCAAGGCGUGUGCUUGCAGCAAUGGGAUGGCUUCAGCUGUGACUGUAGCAUGACUUCCUUCAGCGGUCCACUCUGCAAUGACCCUGGGACGACGUAUAUCUUUAGCAAAGGUGGUGGACAAAUCACAUAUAAGUGGCCUCCUAAUGACCGGCCAAGUACACGAGCAGACAGACUGGCCAUAGGGUUUAGCACUGUUCAAAAAGAAGCUGUAUUGGUGCGAGUGGACAGUUCUUCUGGCCUGGGUGACUACCUAGAGCUGCAUAUACACCAAGGAAAAAUUGGAGUUAAAUUUAAUGUUGGGACAGAUGACAUCGCCAUUGAGGAGUCCAAUGCAAUCAUUAACGAUGGGAAAUACCAUGUAGUCCGUUUUACGAGGAGUGGUGGCAAUGCCACGUUACAGGUGGACAGCUGGCCAGUGAUCGAGCGUUACCCUGCAGGAAACAAUGAUAACGAGCGCCUGGCGAUUGCUAGACAGCGAAUUCCAUAUCGACUUGGUCGAGUAGUUGAUGAAUGGCUACUCGACAAAGGGCGUCAGCUCACAAUCUUCAAUAGCCAAGCAACUAUAAUAAUUGGCGGGAAAGAGCAGGGCCAGCCCUUCCAGGGCCAGCUCUCUGGGCUUUACUACAAUGGCUUGAAAGUUCUGAAUAUGGCAGCCGAAAAUGAUGCCAACAUCGCCAUAGUGGGAAAUGUGAGACUUGUUGGUGAAGUGCCUUCCUCAAUGACAACUGAGUCGACAGCCACUGCCAUGCAGUCAGAGAUGUCCACAUCAAUUAUGGAGACCACCACAACCCUAGCUACUAGCACAGCCAGAAGAGGAAAGCCUCCUACAAAAGAACCCAUUAGCCAGACCACCGACGACAUCCUCGUGGCCUCAGCAGAAUGUCCCAGCGAUGACGAGGACAUUGACCCCUGUGAGCCGAGCUCAGGUGGGUUAGCUAACCCAACCCGAGCAGGCGGGAGAGAGCCAUAUCCAGGCUCCGCGGAAGUGAUCCGAGAGUCCAGCAGCACCACGGGCAUGGUGGUGGGGAUAGUGGCUGCUGCCGCCCUGUGCAUCCUCAUCCUCCUCUAUGCCAUGUACAAGUACAGGAACCGGGAUGAAGGCUCAUACCAUGUGGACGAGAGUCGAAACUACAUCAGUAACUCAGCACAGUCCAAUGGGGCUGUCGUAAAGGAGAAACAACCCAGCAGUGCGAAAAGCGCCAACAAAAAUAAGAAAAACAAGGAUAAAGAGUAUUACGUCUGAUCCCAAGAUCUUAAAAAGACCCUUGUAUAGAAAUAGUCUUCAUUUUAUCUGAGACAUAAUAUAAACUUAUUUACUUUCCUUUUUAUGAAGCACAUACAAAAGAAGACAGGGAAUGCAAUCAGGAAGGAAAGACUGUUUUUAAAAAAUAAAAAGUAUCUCAUGCUCUUGUUUCUCCAAAAAAGAAAGGAAAAAAAAAAAAAAAAAAACAGGGGCCAAUAAAUUCCCUAACAUCCACAGUGUUUUCAUUUACUCUGCCUGUCUUUAUGUUGCUGGAACAUUCCUAAAAGACAGUGAUGACCGCACGCAUUCAUAAAGCAAAGGAGUAUUACAACAUCAAGGCACAACACAAAAACACAACACACACCACAAAAAAAAAAAAAAAAAAAAAAAAAGAAGCUACCUAUGAUCCUGGAUUUAGCCAAAGUGCUAGCGCUUUCCUGAGAAGUCAGUUAGUCUGAUUGCCAGAGAAGACUGUGUCAUUUUGAAUGACCCAACCUGCAAACCUUUGGGUUUGCCACCUGGCGCAACUGGAGCGGUGGUUGGAACUUGCAUUUGAAACAAAGUGCUGGCUUUUUUGAAGACUCGUGUAGGAACACAUUCAAAAAGCCCCUUUCUGGUUGUGAGGGAAAAAAGUCUGGAGGCCUUAUUUUCAACAACUUGAAAUAUAAGGCACAUUUCACACUAAAAUUUCAAAAUAAACAAAAAACCAAGAGGGCAUAGAUGCAAUCAUUGGGAAAUUUUCAUGCACGCUUAAUAUGUUAUUACAUAUGUUUAUAUAAAAUCCAUCUCUGUGUGCUUUCUGGACUGUGAUAAGUGACGUUUUAUAGCCUGUUGUAUAGAAAAUGCAAAAUAUAUCUCUGCUCUUCAGCCAUUUUUGGUAAAUUCAAUGUUAUAAGUGUUGCUAAGUAUAGGGAGUUUUAUGACAUCAGAGCAACAAUUAUUUCAGGUUUUUUUUUUUUUUUGCCACCAUUAUAAAUUGCCACAGUUACUUACUUUUUUAAAAAAAAUUACAAUGUAGUGUUUAUUCUAAGGAAGAUAUGUAUGAAUGUAUAUAAAAAGACUCAGCUACUUUUUUUUUCUAACAUGUACAGCUUUCAUUCUGUUGCAAUUAAGUUUUAGUAUUUGUAUGAAGGUGUGAAUUAGAAGGUAAAAUAUAUACAUAUGUAUCUUAUAAUCUUCUUUUCUCCCCCCAAUACUCACAUUUCCACAUACUUUUAUCAUUUACGAUCACACACACACACACAUACACAUACACACACGCACACACACACACAACCAAUCCAGAGGAAUCCAUCAGAUAUGAUGGAAAACCCGAGCAUAUAUGUAACAGCAAAUGUUUACUGGCAAAUUGAAAAGCAGGAAGGAAGGAAGAUAGUUGUGCCAAGGUAUUGAUGACAAAUGGGGUGAUUUGCUUCAUUGAGAUCAUGCUCUCAAGAAACCCUGAGAAUAUUUUAGUCCCUAAUGAAAUGGAACCUUUUCUUAUCAAAUAGAAUAUCACUGGUAUAUUGCUGCAUGAAUAUGAACCAUUAUGUAAGGGAGGUUACGGAAGCAAAAUUGGUUAAUCUACACCUUAACCCUGGCUGCUGCAAUUAAAUACUUUGUUUCCAAUAAUAUAUAUAUAUAUAUAUAUAUAUAUAUA